AUGAAAGAGUGUUUGGAAAAUUUGAAGGAUAAUAAUUCAAUGGAAAAUGUGAAUGAAUCUAAUGUUGGAAACAAUCAAAGAGUGUCAUUUGGUCCAUUUUCUCUACUGUUUGAUUAUUAUGGACUCUAUUUACCAAUGCCACUCGAUUUGGCAAAGGAAAGAAAUGCUUUUCAACGUUCAAUAUUUGAUUUGAAAAUUCCAAUGAUUGUUAAAUCAGACGAUGAAAUACCAAAACAACAAAUUAUUAAUGAUUUGAGAUUUUUGAAUUUCAAUUUUGAUGGUACCAAUAGAGGAUAUGUUAUUAAUAGUUAUAGACAUCUUCUGGAAGGAGAAUACAUACAAUGUUUAGAGGGAAUAGCUUUGCUGACGAGAAAUGAUGUUUCUUCAUUUGGAAGAGAUUAUUUACUUUAUUAUAUGAAAAGUUUGUGUUAUUUUCUACUCGAAGAUUAUGUAGAAGCUCUCAAUAAUUGUGAAGAAUGUAUUAAUUUAAUGAUGAAUAAGGAGAAAAAAGGAUUUUUGGAAUCACUGAAUGGAUCAAGUACGAAUUCAUCUAUUAGAAUGCAACCAGUAUUACUCUAUGUUUGGAUAUUGUAUAAGAUGUUUGAGUUUUCACAUGCAGAGAUGGUAUUAACAAUGUGCACUGAGGAAAUAUUUCCAUUCAAUGCAGAAUCUCACUUCAACAUGGCCCAAUUUCUUGUUGGAGUACAUGGCAGAAAGGCCUCACCAGAAAUUGUAGAAAAAAUUGGAAACCAUCUCAGAAAGUCGUUGGAAUUGUACAUGAAUAUGGGAAUUUCCAUUUCAAAUAGCCAAACUCCAAAGAAUACCCACAUGGAUUAUUACCCACAAAACAUGUACAAUUCAAUUUUCAAAUACUUUAAUUUCUAUUUACACUUCCUCAAUGUUUAUAAUUUAGCAAAUGAAGGGAGACAAUUAAUUUCUCUAUUUCUACACUUUACUAAUGACUUAUUGAUCAAAUUCAAGGUAGCAAUCAAGAUAGACUUGACGGAAGAGAUUGCUCAAUAUCACAAUUAUGAAUCUUUUUUUCCCAUAGUAAGACAUCCUAUUGAGUUGGCAUAUAUGCUAGUUUCUGCAGCUAGAUUUUUCGCCAAUACAAACAAGGAAAAAGCUGGUCAACUUUACAAAGUAGCAAGUGAUUUAGAAUUGGUGAGCUACAAGGAAUUCAAUAGCCCUGAAUUUUGUCUUUCUUUCCACUGCAAAACUUGUGGUUGUUUGGAACUAUUUUCCAUAGCUAAAGAAUACAAACAAUUUUUAAAGCAAGUUUAA